AUGGAAAACAAUGAAAACGAGAAGAAGAUGAAUGAGGAAGCUGCUGUUGCUUUUGACGUUGAAGCAAAAGGAAAAGCAGAAGAUGAUGAGGAUGAUGAUGGAGAAAUCCGACGAAUUAACUACCCAGGAAUCAAAGCCAUGCCAUAUAUUAUUGGGAAUGAGACGUUUGAGAAGCUUGGAGCGAUUGGAACUUUGGCCAAUCUGUUAAUUUAUCUGACAACUGUUUUCAACUUCAAGCGAAUAACAGCUACAACAAUCCUUAAUGUCUUCAAUGGCACGACCAACUUUGCAACCUUAAUCGGCGCUUACCUCUGCGACACUUACUUCGGUCGGUACAACACUUUAGGAUUCGCUUCCAUUGCUUCAUUUCUGGUACGUAAAUUUGAAGAUGAAUUCGUAUAUUAUGACUCUGCAAAAUGCACCUAA